UGACUCGGAAGUGGGCAGCGUGCAAUUUGCUUCAGGGAACGAUAACCAGAGUAAUAAUAAGUCCCUUUGAUUUCUUUUCCAUAGGUGAUACAUGAUUUUUGACAAAACUUCUUGUAGCUAUAUCGUGAGGAUUUUGUGUUAAACCUGUUAUGAAUAUGCACGACUCGAAUGACAAGCCUUUGAAAAGUCACGUACUGAAUUUGGCAAGCGACUAGUACAUGGCAUAUGCUGGUGACAUGACUGAUUCCACGAGCAGUGAAAGCGGAGGCAGUGGUUAUUCACGAAGAAAUUCUAGGAGGAUCCAUCGCACAGAUUGUCUUCUCUCAAAUCCGAAGUUGACGAAUGAUUCUCCAAUGGAGGCCAUGUCUUUCUCAGUUGACGAGCAAAGUUUAGUAGGUGAGCGAAAUUAUACAAACUUGGGGGCGGAAAUCAUUUAGAUAUUGACUGAGAGUCGCAAAACUUUAGAAAAACUUCAUCUACGAAAUUAUUUUUUAUUUUAAAGGAAACGCCGCUCAGCACUUCAAAGGGAACAGAGAAACUGUAAGGCAGGCUGUGGAAAUUGUAUUGAACGCAACGGCGAAAAAGCACAGGAUGAAGGGAGCAAUUUCCCUUUGCACAGAAGUCGCUAAACUUUUGGACGACAUCAGCAGGUACGAUCAUUUAUAUUAUGUUUUAGUUGGCAUAAGAAUUAUUAAAACUUUUUAAGAGCUUCUUGGUUUUGCCAUUAAUCUUACAAAAACCCUUGAGCAUCGAUGAGUUUCUGCACGUUUUGUAGAAAGCCCUGUAGCGAGCUCUAAAUGUGUACACCACUUUCCAACUUGCUAGCUUUUUAAUUGCUGAAGCUUAGAGUUUUCUAUUUUGACACAGCUGAAAUUCCCGUUGUAGGUCUUAUUUAACGAUUACGAAGGGAGUUAUACUGUAUUUCCUGAGAAACUAGAGGGAAAUGGAUUGUAUUUGUAAAGAAGAAAUCUUCAAGAGGUUAUUAGUUCCACAUAAAUAUGCAAUUAACCCGAUGUUUACUCAAUGUAAUCGGGUAGCAAUAUCUGCUUCGACGAUUCCCUGCGAAUGAAAGCUGCAGUAUGGGCAAGAAAGGCCUAUUUUAAUGUUUCAGCGAUAAAAGUCGUUCCGCUUUCUUAUGCAAGAACAAUAAGUUUCUACUGGCCAUUGUUAAAGCACUUCAAUCGGGUGUUGUGAUUCCAGCGUUUUACCUCGUCAACUGGUUAAUUAAAAGGUGUUUUGUUCUGCUUUUGUGUUGUAAGUUAAAAUUCCCUCGUGGACGUUUACUGAGAACUUAUUGAAAGUGCAAGGGAAGGUUCUCCGUUCAUGACUUUUGAUGCAUGCAAACGAUUUUGUGCGUCUCAGGAAAGGGAUAUUUUUAAUAGUUUCAAGUUUCUUUUGUGUGAGUGGAAUCCAUUGAUGUCGAAGGUUGGAGGACAAAAGGUCAUGGAAAUGCUUACGUUGAAAGCGGUAUGCAUCCAUCAAUAUUGGAUAUCCAUAAUCAAAAUUGACCCUGAAAAGAAAAUUAGCCGGAGGUGAAAAUUGUUUUUCCAAUUACUCAGUGUCCAGCAUCAUAAACAAUUUCGUGUGAAAUGUUGCGAAUGAUCCUUUGUAGAAUAUUCCGGAAAUUACUUUCCACGGCAAACAAUGGGAAUCGCUGAAUGUUGUUUAGACUUUCUUGUAUUUGACUGAUUGCAAGCAUUUGCUCCGUACGUGACCUCAAUCUGCCGAGAACAGACUCCAUUGUGGGAUCAAAGGCUUUUGAUUUCUGAAAAGCUUUUUUCGUGUGCGUGUUGAGAUGAUCCAUAAACUAUACGCAAUAUCAAAAUGCGGACGUAUUUUUCCCUUGCUAACUCAAAUCACAAAUGCCACGGCUGGUCACAAAUUCGCCUUUUUGAUAAAGAAUCGUCGAGACUGGGAGGCGAACGUGAAUUACAGCGAUAGGGAACCGUGAUUUUAACCACCACGUUGAUAAAAAAUGUCCAAACCUUAUUUUUUUUCUCUGCAUGCUCUUCAUGAGUUCAAGAUUGCCCUUUGUCAAAAAUGAACUUGUUUACUUCAGGUAACGAAAUGUGAUAUGCUUGUGCAAGUUCAAUAAAUGGAUUGUUUUUUUCCAAAUUGUACUUAGAAGUCUAGAUCAAAUCCACACUUGAUCAUGGCGCUAUAAUCUCAUCUUUUCUGAAUGUUUCUCUCUUUUUUUCAAAUCUGGAGUUCAAUUUAUUCUCAUUGAAAAUUUUAAACUACUACCUUGAUUGUUUAUAAAAGUAAACUACUUUAUCUGCUGAUGAGCUCAGGGGAGAUACUAUCCCGCAGGGAUAGACUAUCAUUGCCCAAAGUAACACUUUUUUAUGUCUAGUCCUUCUAAAAGUCUUUUUUACAUUAAAAAAUGUUGAGAAUAAAAAUAGAUUUAAUUCCAGUCAAAAUUAUUCAUCAUAAUACUAAGAUUAUUGUUUCUGCUUCAUGUUAAUAUUUGGAAUUUUUUACCUGAAAGGCAGUGAAAAAAAAUAUUUAUUCCAAUAAUAUCAGGCUGUGCUAUCAGAGAUUAAAUUUUCCAAUUUUUUUUACAAGAAAGCAGUAAAAUUUCAGUGUGAUCAGCUGAUUUUCUUUGAUAAAGCAUUUUUAUAAAUGUUGUAGAAAGCCACAUUCUAUUGGAAAUCAGCUUUAGAGACAAAUGCACACCAAAAUGACAGAUCAUUGAAAGCACACAUACCAGUAGAAAUACUUUGGAGAUACUAGGUUACACUCUACUUCUGAAAGGACAUUGAAAUGAAAUUCCAAACAGAUAGGUCUCUCCACUAAGUGGUUAUUCUAUUCUCUUUUAAAGUAGAUUUAUUGUUGGAAUCCUAUUUAAUUGUAGGAAAAAAUAUCCUGUUUUUUUUCCAGGUCGUUUGGGCCAUUGUUAUUUUUUAUUUACAACCCUGUAACUAUUUACCCAGUGAACUUUGUCCUUAUUUAAAUUCACCUCAUUUUUUAGGUUCUCUUAUCAGAAGUGUCCCAGUCUUGAAAAGUUCAGUUGGGUAAAGUUACAACUUUCAACCUCUAAAAAAGAUUGGGAAUGUUUUCUUCUUCAUGUUCUAAUAAAAAAGAACUCCAAACUGUAGGCUGUAAUUAUGCAACAGUUUCAUUCCAUGGGACCUGAUAAAUUAGCAUUGAUUGCUCCAGCAUUGAAUAAAAAAAGGCAUGUUUUAAGGUUAUCUUGUUAACUGCAGAACAGUUAGGUAACUACAACAAACGAAGUCAGACUAGAUCUCAGGCAAGUUUUUUGUUUUCAGAUUGUGCGAGUUGGUAUCUUUUGUUUCAUGUGAAUUUUCCGUUGUGAAUGUGUUCCUGCAACGCUAAAUGAACCACUGUUAAUAGGUUUCAUUAUAAGGUGGUUCUAUUUUUCUUAAAACAUGCCAGAAAUAGUUGAGGGUUAUGCCCCUAAUAGUUCUUGGUUCAUAUUUCAGUGUUCUUAAAACAUCUCUGAAAUGACUAUAACAAGUAAUAAAUAUUCUAUUCACAAGACGGGAUAUUAUAAUUGUACAUACAAGUAUCCACUGUUCAGGCAAGCUUCUCUUACCACAAAAUAAUGUAAUCAUACUUGUAGUUAUUAAAAAAACAGCAGACGAUGGUGAUAAUUGGACUUAAACUGUAGACUAUGACACUUUUCUCAUGAGACACUCCCCCUGCCUAAUCACUUCCUGCAGGGAAAAAAAAAUGUCUUGCACAAAAAAAAAUUGUCUUGCACAAAAAAGAAUGUCAGGGCUAGUUAUUUAAAUUUCAUGUCCCAAACACAACUAUUGAUAUUACAGCAAUUUAUGUGCUAAACACAAUUACAAAGCUGCCAAAGUGAUCCAAAAAUUGAAACCAAUAAUGAACUUUGAACCAUUGAUCCCCUAAAACCCAAAACGUGAUUCACAAAAAUCAUACAACAGGUAGAAGCGUAAAAACAAACCUGCAAAUACAUUUUCAGAGUGAUAAAGAUAUAGCACAACCAAAAUGAAUGAAAAUAGUGUACUUUAGACAGAUAUUGAUGAGUUUAGUGCACAGAACACUGUCACAAAGGUUUACAGGUGAAGGAAUCAUCCAGUUGUGUUAGAGCUGUAGGCUCCGUCUGGUCAAAAGGAAACAUUCCGGUCGAAGCUCACCCUUGUAUAUUUUAUGGGAUUAGAAAAAAACGUUAGCAUUUGAAUUAAUGACCAUGCACACUUUAUCUCUUUCCUUACCUUUCCAAAAAUCCCCAAAGAGCUUGACUGAGACAGUUUCUCUGUCUUUACUCAGAAACAAUACAUACCUGAGCUACAUGUUUGAUGCUUCAACAUGCUCAGGAGUCAUCAAAGUGUCACUAGAACUUCCAGUAAAUAAGGUGUAUUGAAGCAAAUAAUCACAGCAGAUAAGCAGCCACCCCAAGAAGAAAAAAUUACCAUGUGUUUCACUCUUGAGUCACAGGUGUGAUAUAUUAGACCACAAAACAAAUACAAUAUGUCAUUAGAUAGCAUGAAACCAAAAAAAAAUGUUUUCAUGUCAAAUGUUUAAUUAUUUUUGUAGUUUUGACAAUUUUGUUGUGAGAAAAUGGGGAAAACCCUGCCCCAAAACUUACUGUAUGGCUUACUACUGGAUUGAUAUAAUUAACAUCAUCUUAGCUUCAUGUCUGUAGCAAGGCACAAAUACUUAAAGUCCUUUUGAUUGCUUGGAAAGAUACAGCUUUUGUACAGGACUCUUGAUUAAACCAGGCAUUUGUGUGCAAGAACAAAAUAGUGGCACAUGAGGCCCAGCCAAGUGUGUCACUGAUGUUCUCACUGAUAUCUUCUAUGAUCUGUUAUUUUACAGACUCACAGCAACAUGAAGUCUAUUUGAUUUAUGUGACAAAAAAACAAAAUUUUGUUAAUGUUGAUGUCAUCUAUGAGUCUGUCCUCCAAUAGAUCAUAAGUAAGAAACAAUCAAAAUGUGUGUACAGUUCAGCCUAUCAUAAAAAAAAUUGUUUGCAGACUUGAACAUCAAGUUAUAGUACUGAAAAUGAGAGAUAAAGAUGGUUCUAAGGGAAGUGGGUGCAUUGGAUCUUCAUCAAUAAGUUCUACUACAUCAAGCAAGUCGCAGAAUCAACACCCAACACAAACUAAGGUGAGAUAUAAUGUGCUCCAAAGUCAUGAAAGGAAAAAAAAUUUAAUAUGAGCUAAAUCCAAGUUAUAAAGCUAGACAUGUACAAAAAUAAACUGGAGAAUUCAGAAGAGAAACAAGUAGAUUCAAUGCAACAAACAUAGAUAGUUCUAUUAUAUGUUGAGCAUUUGAUUACCUUUUAAAAACUGUGCUGAUAUAAACUAUUGUGAUCAAAACAUUUUGUUUAGCAAACAGAUUCCAGGUUGCUGUGUGUCUGUUGUGAGUAUCAUCACAGAUGCAAACAAUACAUACUGUAUGAAUUCUCCAGGUGGCUGGUAAACUACUUGCUAGAAGGGAAGGGGGAUUAUCUUAACUUAAAAGCAACUUAUCAGGACAAGUAUAAAAGUGGUGAUCAUUGCUUGCUCAAGAUGACAAGUCAGUGAGACUUCACAUCAUACAUCAGUCAAUAAUUGAUGAGGUCUUCUAUCUCGCUUGGUUUGCAUGCUAUGAUUGGUCAGUCUAGGUGGCUGUAUUUCACUGUAUAAUUUCGUUUGUAGACAACCCAAGUUCAGCCAAUCUUGACAGACCGCAGUACUAGUCCAUUGCUAAAGGAGGUUCUGAUAAAGAAUUCAAACACUACUGCUUGUCAGACAGAAGUUUCUUCAGAUGCAGGUAUGAAAUUAAUCUGAACAGAGAAGUCCAUAGCAAGAGAGGACCGGUAACAUGGACUAUCUCCACAAAAUGCUCAGAAUAAGGGAAUACAUAUCUUAGCUUUUCUAUCAUUCACAAUUUUCCACUGGGGUGUGCCUCUUCACCCCUCCUCCUCCCCUCCUCCUCCUCCCCCCCCCCCCCCUCCCCCCCCCCCCCCCCCUCCUCCCCUUUCCCCUCUGUGGCAUCGCAAUCAAUGGUUAUGUGCUCAAAAUCUCAAUCUUUGGCAGCAAAUCAACUUGAGGGCUCUGCCCUGUUUUAUUGAUGCACAAUGUCUGCAGAUACCUUGAAUGGAUAACAUAAAGCUUACCAUUAUGCAAUCUGUUCUUGAAAGUUGAUUCUGAUUUCAUCCUUCACUGAUUCCCUGCCAUCUGUCAUCAGCUUGCUCCAUGCUCCAUAUGAUAAUGGCUAAGCGCUCAAUAAGGCUAUGGCUUGUUGAAUUUGUAAUUAAAUGGUUAUCAUUGUUUUCUUUUAUUUCAUUUUUUUAAGAAAAAGAAAACAUUAGACUCAAGAAGCAGUUGCAUUCUAUGAGAACAGAAAUGGAGGUAAAUACAACUUGUGCACCAAUUUCUCUCUUAGAGUGUCGUAGUAUUAUUAGCUAACAAUAAUAACCUUUGGGAUAGUAAACAGUCAAUUUGUGAAUAGUUUUGUGGUAUAAUCUUGUGAUUGAUUUAUGUUGGCCCUGCUUGGUUAGCUCAUGUUGUGGAAUGCUAGACUGCGAUGGGGAAGGUCAAGGGCUUCAAGCCCCAGGCUAUACCAACACUCAGGAUCUUGAAUGUGCUGCCUUUGCUAUGACUUCUGGAAAUGGUUAGACAUUGUAGUCUUCUCAGAUAAGGAUAGUAAACCUUGGCCCUGUCUCCUGCUUCUUCUCAGUGCUGGUUAACAGAGAAUGUUAAAGAACCCAGGCACUUUGUGCAAAGAGUAGGGAGUGUAGCUUUUAAACCAACUUUGAAGAUGAAUAGGGCUAGCCUGUCUAAAUUUCCCAAAUUAAUGAAUUUGUUAAUUCAAAUUAUGUAACAGUAUUGUAACAAUACAACAAAUAUGUUUCCUUUUAGGAACUGAGGAAGAAACAAACUAUACUUCCAGUAAGUUAAAAAGAGUAAAGAUAAAUAAUUAAAUUAUUAAUGAUAGAUGUAAAUUUGAUGGCCUAUUGGGUUGAGGGAUGGGUACUAUAAGGACCAAAGGAACAAAACUCCUCAGAUGUAAAUUUCUCCAAGUUUAUUCACAGGCAGACAACCCUGUGGGUUUGAGGCAGGGUGACAUCAGCUAUUUGAUAUGCUAGUCAAACUCUUACAUUGUUUGUUAUUUGCAAUGGUUGAUCUUGGUAAGAUGCAAGUGAUCCUGAGAAAUGUUUCUUUAAUACCACAAAUUGUAACAUUUCAUCCCCAAAAUCCACUUAAUGGCAGUCAGAUAAAUAAAGUUCAAUAACCUUUGUUUUUCUGUGUUGUCUUGAGUGAUUUCAGGGGUUUUGGGACGGUUAAUUUGCCACUGUGCACUGAUGCCCCUCCAAAGGCAAAGGAAAAACACAGGGGUGCAAGUUCUGGACCGUUCUGGGCCAAAAGCCUCCAGAACUUCACUGAAUUUCUUCUUUAAUCACACAGCCUCAAACCCACAGGGUUGUCUGCCUGUGGUUUAUUGCUGUAGACCUCAUAACUUCAAUUGAACAUGUGGUGCAAUAGCAUGCAAAUAACAAUGUUUGUAUUGAUAACAACACAACCAAAUAACCACCAUUACAAAAAACAUUCUGAGUCACUGAGGUCACAUGAUUUAAGCACGUGAAAAACAAAUGAACGGGGAACCCAACUUACAAGUACAUCACAAACUCAGAUUAUAAGAGAAACUUAAUGUGAAGGGGUCAAACCAUUGGGUAGAGUUUCCUUUUAAUAAGCAUGUUAUUCACUAGCUUUUCAUUUCUAGAAUGAUUUUAAUUGGAUAAAAAUACCUCUUACUAACCAGGUUCGAGUCUGAACUUUAAGUUACAGACGAAGAUUUUUUCAGCUUGAAUUUAUGGCUCCAGUGCCAAACAUGCAAGCCAUAAAUCCAGGCAGAAAAAAAUAGAUUUCUUAACUUACUAUAUGGACCAAGAAAAUGUAGUUACCUGUAAUACCAAUGUGUUACUAUUUCAUGGUAAUCUGUUUUACACAUGUAUGCUCUGUACAGAUGAUUGUUGGAAGCCAGAAAAGUGUAUCAAAAGCCGGGAGUCAACAAGACCAUCAAAAAAGGAGCACAAAUACGUAAGUCACAUUGGUUUCUUUGUUCUGGCCUUCAAGUUUACUACAGCUUUUAAAAACAAAAGGACAAAUACAACUUUGAAAAUGUGAUCUCAAUUAAACUAGUUCUUAGCCAGAAGAAGAGUAAUGGUUUUUCCUAAUGGAAAUUUGUUUUUACUGAUUUACAGUGUGCCAAUGUCUGCGGCCAAAAGACCAACAGUGAGUAUAAUUAGCACUGUGUUCCCUUUUACAUUCUCUUCUUAAGAAUUGUUUCUCCAGAUGGCAUUCUGACUGCUGUCAAUGAAUUACUAGUGUUUACUUUUAUCAUUUAUUUGCAGGAUUCAGCAGACCACCAAGUGGAGUUGCCACAUAUUCCACAGGCAAAAAGUCCAAGUCAAUUAGUGGACUGUAAUAAAAAGAUGUGAGUGGCACUGUAUGGUGGAGAUUUUCCCUCUUCAUUUGAGAUCUAUGGAGAGAAGUUUAUUUCAUUUUCUUCUCUUUUGACUCAGUGUUGGUUCCCACAUCAGUCAGUUUGAUUUGAUAUCAACUUGAUGUUACUUGUUCCUCAUUCCAUAGGUUAGUUAAUCAACAAAGAAGGAUAGGAUUCAAAUCACUUUCUUCUCCACCAAAAGGGUCAUGUGUAAGUGUUCUUGUCUCUUUUGAUCCUUUUUUGUACUGAGAUUUUACCUGAUUUAUGCUGGUUUCCUACAUGCUGAGUUAAUUUCCUACAUUCAAGUUUACAGCACAUAGUUCACUACAUCACCUAACCAAUUUUGCUGCCAUACACAAAAAAUUACAAAUUAAUAAAGUAAAAUUUAGUUAAUUGGUAAAAUUGUGAUGGCUCAUUCAGGAAAGGCAGAUACUAAUUUGUUCCCUGACAGAUUGUGGUGUUAUGCAAGUUUUGUGAGUGUAAUUUGAAACUCAUGUGUCAAGUAUGAAAAGGAGUUUGUUACUGUAUUGUAUAUUUAAGAUAUUGAAGCUUCAAGUACAAGGUAUUACAAGAUUAAAAUAAUAUUACUCAGCAUUGCUGGCUUUUGAUAAUUACUGAUGAUUCAGCAUUGCCAGCUCCUGGUAAUUACUGAUGAUUCAGCAUUGCUGACUCUUGGUAAUUACUGAUGAUUCAGCAUUGCCAGCUCUUGGUAAUUACUGAUGAUCUGAAUUAUUUCUAAUCUAUUUGUUGUUUGGUGCACAGCAUCAACCCAUCAGACCAAAUGAAAUGUAUUCCCAAUGUAAAUGUCAAGGGUGUGUCAGAGCCCUUGCCGAAGAAAGCAGAGUAACAUUAGAUGGACACACAGACAAGAAAUCUCAUAAGUAUGAGUGAUUGCCAUUAAUUAUAAGUAUUGUUUGCUGUUGGUUUUGGUGGUGCUGUUGUUGAUUGUGUUAAAUAAGUUGUUUGUUUGAAAUAUUAAGUUGUAUUUUCAAAAAGAAACAUUACUUGUCAGUCAAUUUACUAUAGCUCUCCCUUUAUACUCUGUUGGGGGUGAGUGAUCCCCUCCAUUCCUCCCAAAAACUACUCCCACCCACCCCCAAAGUCCCCCAGCCUCAGUCAAGCAACAAUUAAUGACUGUCCCCUAAAAUUACUUCAUUUUGUUGUUUAGGAUCAUUGUGAUGUAAGUUAUAGAGUCUCAAUUUUGGUUUCCUUUAUUCUAAGAUCAGAGAUUUUGCCAAGUAUUGGUGAUCAUGUUGUUGUACGAAGUCAUCUUACUGGUAUGUAUUUAGUCUCCUAGAUCAUAAACAAUGAUAGAAAAUUCAUGGCUGAUACUAUUGCCAAGUUACAUUUUGCUAUCAUUUGUUAGGCAACUAAUUGCAUGUACUUUUAUUUCUAGGUACAGUGAAAUACAUUGGUCCUGUUAAUGGGGAAGAAUCUUGCAUUGGACUCCACUUAGAUUCACCAGGUAAGAUUUAAAGCUAUAAAUAACAGGAAUAAUUAAUAAAAGUUCAUGUGGCAGUUUUUUGUGGUUCUUUUUUCCCAGUAGUGCUGCUCAAAUUUCAUUGUCUGACCCUUUUCUUGAUCUUAGUUGGAAAUCAUAGUGGAUCCUUGGAUGGAGUUCAUUAUUUCUCCUGUCCACCAAACUAUGGGGUUUUUGUUCAUAUUGAAGAUGUGUUAUGUAUUACAACCUCAAAGGUAAGUCAAAUUCUCUGUGUACAGUAAACAGAAAGUGAGAACUUCAUUUUGAAAGGGAAUAGUCUGGCAGGGUGCCUGAAAAGAGUCACACAGGGGGAUUAGUUGAGAUACAAGCCUUGAAUACAUUGGGGGUUGCGAAUGUUUCAUUACAUUGGAUAUUUAUACAUGGUUAUGCAUUUAUUUAUGUUUGAAUAUAUUUUUUUCAUUUUUCCCUUAAUAUUUUAAUUUCUCUAAGUACCAAGUGACCCUAGGUUAUGCUAUUGCCUUUCAUGUGUACCUUCCAGGAAAAGCAAGUGGUUGGAUUUUCCACAGGACUUCAGAAAUCUUUGCCAAAUGCUAUGACAGCAAUCUAUCCAAAGAAAAGGAAUGCACCAGAGAGCUCUUAGAAAAGAAAUUUCUACAAAGGCGGAGAGCCUCAGAGGUGACUGACCAGGCUUACACAUGGUCUACUCUCUUCAUCUGACUAAGGGACUAUUAUUAUCAUUACUAAUGAUAGUUUUUCUGCCAUAAAAAAAUAAUCAUGUAUUGCAUGACCUUCAUUUUACAGCCAACAUUUACUAAGAGUGUAGUGCUUGUGACAAAAUUUACAAAUAACUUGUUUGCAUCUUGUAAAUACCCUUGACUUUGUGACAGUUUUUGACAGAAGAGUGAAAAACAGUCACACAAAUACAUAUUUUGGCAAAGGGAAGCCAAUUUUACCCAAUAGUUAAUUUUUUUGUUAACUUCAGUCAAAUGCAAUUGAUACAAAAGAAAUACCUUUGAAAACAUAAGGCUGCUAACAAAAAUCAAAUAACAAAAAAAAAUUAGGAAUGUUUUACUUUUUUAUAUUAAUUAUGAUUCUUUGGAUGUGGAAUGAUUCAGUGUUAGUUAAUGAAAUUAGUUGUGGUUUCUAACAUGUUGGAACAUCUAUAACAUGACCAACAUUUGUUUUUUGCUUAAAAUAUGAAAUUUUUAGUCCAAAGGGUUUCCUCUUGUCUUAAACAAGUGGAAUAGCACAAUACUUGUUAAAUAUCUUGAACCCUUUCACUCCCAAGAUCUCAGUGGUGAUUCUCCUUAGCAUCUGGCAUACAAUUCUUAUCAUAUGCAUUUUCAGUUCUAUGAUUACACUUGCUACACAUUUAACCUUUUCACCUCCAUAAUCUCAUCUGACUAACUCUCCUUACUGUCUGCCUUACAAUCCUUCUAAUGCUAGUUUGGAGAAUUUGGUGUUAGAUGAACUAGUAAUGCUCUAAUUGACAUUUUUCUUUAUUCCCAUCACUCAUCUGCUUGAUAUUGCAUUGAUAAUGUAAGGAGAAAACCUGUCUUGGUCAUAUAUGAGAGUUUAGGGAGUCAAAGGGUUAAGAUCAGCCAUCUUGGAACCUAAGUUGCUUUUAAUUUAUAUAUUAAUUAUGUGCAUUUACAAAGUCCUUUGACAGAAGAACAUGAAAUGUCCACAGAUGUUUUAUUUGUUCUUUAACAGCACAUCUUGUGGCAAUAGUUUUCAUUUGUACUUUUCCUAGACUUAGAAUUCUCUAGUUUCAAAAAAAGAAACAAUAACAUUGUCAUGGAAGCAACAAUAAGGUAAAGUAAAAAAUUGGCCGGCAAUGAUGGCUUUAAAAGAAAAGAGAUUAGCAAAUUUAUUUUAGAGCUGUUUUCAACUGUGUCAAAAAAGCAAAACCUAGUAAGUAAUUUCAGGGACCAAUCUGAACAAAAUUUACAUUUUCCAAUGAAAACUCAAAGUGAAAAACAAGAAAACUGCUUAAAGCAUAGGAAAAUGUGAAUGCUCAAGUCACAAUAAGAACAAUUAUUGUUCUUAGUUCUACAUUUUUAUUCUAUGUCUGAUUGAUUAAGAGUUGUGUGCAUUUUCUGGAUCAAUCUGAGAGCAAAGUAAAGGGAAGACAAAGCAAUUCCAGAUUACUUUUGCCACUCGGUUAAAAUUGCUCUAGCCUUGGUGUCCUUUCUAAAGAGAUAAGUGAUGAUGGACGAGUAGGUUUGCUGCCAUUUUAUGACAUUUUCUUACAAAUACAACCCCAGCUGAUAUCAUAGUUUUACAACUGGGUUAGCUAUGAUUUAAUCAUUGUAACAUGUAUUGUUUUUUUUUUUCUUUCUUUCUUUCAUGUAAAGGGACUUCAACACACUAUUUUAUUUAUUUUUUUAUUUUUCGGUUUAAAAAAAAAAAAAGAACUUCAGUCAUUUCCUCUACUUUUAAGUGACACAAUUAUUCCCUCAGAAGAAUCCUGUUAGAAAUUUUGGGAUGCCU